AUGAUUUUCUGUAUUGUCGACAAGAUUCUGGAGCUGGGGAUUCUAUCACAUUCAGUUAUCGUAGGGCUAUCCUUGGGCGUUUCACAGAGCCCAUGCACCAUUAAACCUCUGGUUGCUGCCCUCUCCUUCCACCAGUUCUUCAAGGGUUUUGAGUUGGGUGGCUGUAUUUCUGAGGCUCAGUUCAAGAAUUUCUCUGCACUUCCGAUGGCUUUCUUCUUUGCUAUCACAACACCGGCUGGGAUUACUGUGGGGGCAGGGAUCGCGUCCUUCUACAACCCCAACAGCCCUAGGGCGUUGGUAGUGGAGGGCAUUCUGGAUUCAGUGUCGGCUGGUAUACUGAUCUAUAUGGCAUUAGUGGGUCCAAUUGCUGCUGAUUUCCUUAGUCGGAGGAUGAGCUGCAACCCGAGGCUUCAAGUGUGCUUAUACGUCGCCUUGUUUCUUGGGGCUAUGGCCAUGUCAUCCCUUGCUAUCUGGGCUUAG